UUGUUCUGUCGUGGAAAUGUCUGUCGUAGAAAGUUUGGAGGUGGAUUCGUACAGCGAUCUUUUAAUCGCCAAUGCAUUAAUUUAAGCAAGUAAACAAAAUGAUAGAGUAAUAAAACACCGACAAUUAUGACAAAUACAAAUGAAGUAACAUUUCAAGAGCUUGAAGCAACUGAUGUUGUAAGCAUAGACCUUGUACCCGAACGGAAGGGAAUUAUACUAAAACACUGCGAGUAUUAUGUCAGCUCAAGGCGUCAUGGCACAACUGUGACCAGAAGAUACAAUGAUUUUGUACAGCUUUACGAUGUGCUAUUUGCUAAAUAUCCUUAUCGGGCUGUAUGUCAGCUACCUCCGAAACGUGUGGUGGUUGGGGGCGGAAGUGGACAGUUCUUAGAAUCCCGUCGCGCUGCUCUCCAACGUUGGCUAUCGUUGGCCGCCUGUCAUCCAAUAUUGGCGCAUGAUGCUGACUUGCGCAUCUUCCUAUCUGAGUCGGUCCUGCGGCUGGAGAAACCUAAGCACGACGAGUUCGUGCUUGCCGGUACUCAGUGCGAUGAACAGGAAGAAACAUCUCUAGACGAAAUGAAGGCGAGGUUUGCGAAGGAGCAGGAACAACUGCGGAUCUUGUACUUGGGGAUGGAUAGACUAGCGCAGAUAUUCGAUAGAGUUAAAAUCAGAUGCGAAGCAGAAAAAUCAGAUUUCCGUGAGCUGGGGGCCGCGCUGCAGGCGCUGUCGACGCGGGACGCCGCCGACACCCCGCUCUGGACCCGGCUCAAGCAAGCUUACGGCGACGCGGCGCUGGUAUGUACCGGGGAGAUGUUCGACGACGAGUCUGUGGACAGCGAGGCGGAGGGGCGGGUGUCGCUGGCGCGCGACGCGCUGGCGGCCGGCCGCGAGCUGUGCGCGCGGCUGGGGCGCGGCCUGCACGCAGAGCGCGCCGCCGCCGCCGCGCUCGCGCCGCCCCACGCGCAGCUGCGGAGACGACACCUCUACGCGCUCACCGCCGUCCUUCAGGAAGCGUGCGUGUGGCGCGCGUACGCCGCGGCCGCGCUGCAGGCGCUGGGGGGGUUGGCGCGGGCGCGCGGGGCGGGGCAUGCGCGGGCCGCCGCCGCCUGGGCGCGCCUCCACGCCGCGCUGCCGCCCGCCGCUUCCGCGCCUUACUAAAGGGAUUAGUUAUUUCGAAUAACAUAUCCAGGCCCACAUUUUUUUUAAGGGAUUUAAUGACCUGGUAAUUAAGACCUUUAGGUCAAGUCUUAUUUUAAUGAAAAUAUGAAACAUGGCAUGCAAUGAAAUGAGAUGAGAUAAAAUGAGAUGAUAUGGGAUGAAAUAUAAUCUCAGUAAAACGGUGGUCAUUUACUGAGACUUUUUCAGUGGAUUUUUUGGAGGAUCCUGAGAAGUUACGUCCAUUGGCUUUGUUUUAUUUUCUCACAUUUGUGUACUUUCAGAGAUACUAAACAGUUAAUAAACCAAUGUUAUUACCCAUUUAAACCGGAAUAAACACUAAAUAGACAGUAAAAAAAUCACACAACUUCACUCCUUGCGUUCCCGCCAAAAAAUCUUGCAGGCUCACAACUACUAUACUGACUAUAAUUAGACCCGCUAUAGUUUUAAUUUUAUAGAUGUUAUGCCCGUGAGGCGCAUAACACCUGCCCACAGCAAUGAUACUGAAAGACGAUCCACGACCACUAUGACAAGAGUGAUACGACAAAGGAGAGAUAGUUAUAAAGAAAUUUGUCUGUCCAUUCGUCCGUGACAACGAAACCACUGUGAAGUAUUUGAAAUGUCAAAAAUAAUAAAGGCGAGACUGAACGGUAAAAAUAGUUGUAAUCAUAAGUAUCUACGAAUCGGGUUAACAAAAAGAAUGCAUAAUGUUGAAUAAUUAUCUGUGCAGCCACUACUAGUAGCGGGAGAUUUUGAUGAAUAAUUCGUAUUAAAAUUAUAGUCCUAAGAAUUUUGAAUAUAGAAUAUAGAAUAAAAACGAUUUUUGCAUACAGCCAUACAGCCAGUUCCAACUUGCAUAUGCUUGUGAUUUCCGGAAUUCAAGGAUAAUUAUUAAUAUAUUUCAUUCAGUCAACAUUUAUGGUAGAAUUAGCGCAAUGUAAGUUCAAUAAAUGAACUUAAUAACUAAAAGGUUCACAAAAUAAACGUGACGCGCGAUUUGUGAGCUAAUAAAUUAAUUUAUGCAAAAAAUUUAAAAUACAUAUAUGUAUAUAUGCAUGCGAUUAAAUAUUAUAAUAUAUAUAAUCAGACCCUUAUGUGCCUUUUUGCUGUAUUUAAUUUUAAUUGUUGGAUUUAGGAAAAACAUAUUUUUGAAUAACUUUCUUCUUGGAUGUGUUCGCUAUGUGUUCAGUGUUGUAGUGAGUCGGUACCUAGGAGACUAUAGUUAAAAAAAACUUUAAAGUGAAGAAAAUAAAUAUGAGAAUAACCGAAUAAGUUUUCAUUCGUAAUGCAAACAAAACUAGAUUUUUGUUACCUAUCUAUGUAUAUGACGUAUUAUGAACACAUUCAAAUAAAAAUAAGUCUAAAAUAAAUAUAUUUGUUUAGUCAUAAUAUUAUAUACUUUUAGACUUUUAUAUAAUAGUUAAAACAUUCCAUUAUUAUAUAACUGUAAAAUAAAUAGGUACGUAAUUAUGCACAAUUAGAAUUAUUUUUGUUAAUUUAGAUAAUACGUAUUUUAAUUUCAAACAAAAAUGAUUUUAUAAAUCUCUAAGCUCACGUAUGUUUGCUCAGGUUAUUUAUUUGUAUAUACACGGCUGUUAGCUAUAUAUCGAAUAGAAAUGCAAUAUUUUUUUAAAUAGUAAUGAUAAAUUAAAAAUAAGCAUUGUCAUAUCUCGAAUAAUUAAUGAUACUCUAGAAACCAUUUUGAUAUUUUUUUAAAUAAAUGUGUAUAAAUUUCUUAUACAUAUAACAUAUAUAAAUAUAAUUGUUUCUCUAAGUGGCGUGCAAAGGAAUUCAAAGGAUACGCCAUCGCGCCAUCUUGUAUAGAAGAAUAUUAAUUCGCAUAAUACAUGACUAUAAUAUAUAGAUUCGCUUUUUCUGCUUCAAAGCAAUAAGGCGUCUUGUUACAUUUGCCGUUUAUAAUCUUUUAACUCUAAACAGCGAACAAUAUGAAUGUUUUACAUUUUGAUAUGUUAUUUAAAUUUUUCAAUAAUAUAUUUCGUGUUACAAUAAAUGAAUAAAUAAAUAAAAAAAUUAAAAA